CUCAUGUUUGAACUAACUAAUGCAGCGGAUGGCACUUGCAGCGUCAGCUGCAUUGGAUAGUGCACCAAAAUCCAUGAUAUAUGGAACCUUGGAAGCAUCCAAUGAUAGAUCAGACUACAAGGACGGCAGAUACUGGAUUGAAUUUGAUGGAGUUCAUAAUCUUUCAGUUCAAGGUGGUGGAAUUAUCAAUGGCAAUGGAAAAAUCUGGUGGCAAAACUCAUGCAAGAUCAACAAAACCCUUCCAUGCAAGGAUGCACCAACGGCUGUGACCUUCUCCAAAUGCAAAAACCUUAUAGUAAGGAACUUGAAGAUUCAAGAUGCGCAGCAGAUUCAUCUUUCUUUCUCAGAUAGCAGCAACGUUCAAGCUUCUGGUCUGACUGUGACUGCGCCAGAGACAAGUCCCAACACGGAUGGGAUUCAUGUCACAAAUACACAAAACAUCCAGAUUACAAGCUCUGUGAUAGGAACAGGUGAUGAUUGCAUCUCCAUUGUAAGUGGAUCACAGAAUGUGCUCGCCACAGAUAUAAGUUGUGGUCCUGGUCAUGGAAUCAGUAUUGGGAGUUUGGGAUCUGGGAAUUCAGAAGCUCAUGUAUCAGGAGUGACUGUUAAUGGAGCCAGGCUUUCUGGGACCAAAAAUGGAGUCAGGAUCAAGACAUGGCAGGGAGGUUCAGGAAGUGCCAUCAACAUUAAAUUUCAAAACAUUGAAAUGAAUAAUGUGAUCAACCCCAUAAUCAUAGACCAGAACUACUGUGAUCAAAAUGAACCCUGCAAACAACAGAGCUCGGCAGUCCAAGUGAAAAAUGUAGUGUACAAGAACAUCAAGGGAAUCAGUGCUUCUAAUGCAGCAAUAAAAUUUGAUUGCAGCCAGAACCAUCCAUGUCAAGGGAUCCUGCUGCAAGAUGUGGAUUUGCAGCUAUCAGGAGAUAAAACAACCAAGGCCGUAUGUAACAAUGUCCAGUACACUGACAUUGGAAAUGUUUCUCCACACUGUACUUGAGCUCAAGGGACUGCAUAUGUAAUAAAUGUAUGUUAAUUAUGCACACACAUAAAACAACAAACAAACUUAAUUUUUAUUUAUUUCCAAAUAAAGCAGAGAUUGUAAGUACAAUAUGUGUGAAUAAUUUGCAUGGAUUUUA